AUGUCUCAGAGUUCUCCCUCAAAGAAAUCGUCUCCUUCCUCUGAAACAGCAUCAGGAUCUAGGGCACCCAAUGUGGUGAGUGAUCAAGAUGUUGUGUUGAAUGUUGUGCCAUUGAACUCUGUUCCUGCUACCGAUCCUAAGGGUGUUACAAAAUCAACUGGUGGAUCUGUUCCAGAAACUUUUUCUGUUCAAGGUAGAGAGGGCUCUGCUUAUGUUCACAAUGCGAUCGCAGGUAUUGUCACAAGAAUCUUGAAUGAAGGGCACCAGGUUGAUGGAAUAUAUGUUCCUCUAGCCCAAAUUCCUGCCUCUGAGAACAGCAAAGAUGAUCAAGAUGGUCAAGAUGAUGCUAGCAAAGAUCAGGGUGAUGUUGAGACAUCUGUUGACAACAAUGAUGAGAAGACCCCUGGUGCCAAAGAUAUUGAGACAUCUGAAGCUAUCAAUGUUGAAACAUCUGGUACUAAAGAUGCUGAGAUUCUUGAACCUGAGAAAGCUGAAGAGGUUCCUGUUGCUCCUUCUAAAGAAACCCUUAAUGAAGGCCCUACUGUGCAUGAUGUGGUGAAUCUGGAUGAUCUGGAUGAUUCUAUUGACAUUGCUGAUGAUGAGCUCAUCUCUAAAAUCUCUCAUAGAGUCAAGACUCGUAAGGGCAAACAGGUUUGUGAUCAAGAUUUUUCCAAACCUCAAGUUACUCCUCAAGUUACUCCUCAAAAGAAGGUCACUAUAAAGAAGAUCAAGAAGGUCCCUGCUGAACCUUCAACCACUGGGAGCAAGACUACAGUGAAGAAGAGGAAGGAAAGAAGUGUUUCUGCCCCUGAAGAUGAUGUCUUAAGUGAUGUCCCUGACAUCCCAUCAAAGAAAAAGAUUGCUGUCACAAAAUCCUCCACAAAGGAAUUUAUUGUGAACUUGUCUCAAGAUUGUGGUGAUGGAGGAACUGAUGAUUUUCAUAAGGUGUAUGUUAGAAGAAAGUGUAUAGAUUUUUCCCCUGCUGUUAUCAACCUAUAUCUAGGUAGAGAUGCUGAGGCUCAACCUGAGCUUGAAGUGACUGAUAAUGAGGUGUGCAAAGUAAUCAUUGGUGGUAAGGUUAAGAAGUGGCCUAUAAAGAGCAAACUGUCUGCUAGUUCUCUUAAUGUCAGGUAUGCAUUGCUACACAAAAUUGGUGCUGCUAACUGGGUGCCUACCAAUCACACUUCUACCAUUGCUGUUGGCCUAGGAAGAUUUAUUUAUGCUGUGGGAACCAAGACAAAAUUUGACUAUGGGACUUAUAUAUUUGAUCAAACUAUGAGGCAUGCUGGUACCUCUGCUACCAAGCUCCCUAUUGCAUUCCCAUCUCUGAUAUGUGGGAUAAUCCUCAAGCAACACCCUGGAAUUCGGAAAAGUAAAGAUUCUGUAUGUAAGAGGGAGAGUGCUUUGUCUUUUCACUACAAACUGCUCCAGAGGUCUGAUGACAUGACAUCUGCUGGGACAUCACAACCCAGCAAAUCUGUGAACAAAGCCCUUCUUAUUGCUGAGCUGAAAGAGACUUGUCAGGAGUUGGACAACAGGAAGAUAAAGCUUGAAAAGCUCAUCCAAAGUCUUGAGCAGUCUACAGAUGAUGAUCUUGCUGGUGACAAUAUGGAUGAAGACAAAGGUGCUGCUAGUGGGGCUAAGGAAGAGGCUGAGGUUGGUGAGGGCUCUGAGGAUACUGGGAGCAGUGAUGCUGCUGAUUCUGAUGACAAUACUGGUGGCUCUAGUGAUGAAGACAGUGAUGGGUCUGAUGAUUAG